AUGAUCGAUAAACUUCUUCGUCCUUUAUUUGAUCGUCUUGCUCAACGGACGACAUUUAUUAAUGGAAUUGAUCUUGUAAGACAAUUGAAUAGUUAUCGAGAUAAUGAUCAUCUCUUGCCAACCACUUAUUUUAUUACAUUUGAUGUAACUGAUCUAUAUACAAUGAUACCGAAAAGUGGUGCAGUUGAAGCAUUAGGACGAUUUUUAAUUCAAAAUUCUAUGAAGGAUACAAAUUAUUUUGUGUGUAAUAACAAGUAUUAUCGACAAAUUAAUGAUGGAAUUGUUGGAUCAACAUUUGCUAUGACAUUAGUCAAUGUUUAUAUGUUGGAAUGGAAACAAUCAUUAAUUGAGUUACAAAUCGAACAAGGAAAAUUUUAUAGCAGGUAA